UCUCUCAUCCGCAACCUUUUUCCUUCUCUCACCCGUGGAGAGUAAAUAAAAGAGAGAUGAUUCUGAUAAACUCUAACUGUCCGGCGAUAAUCUCAGCCGUUAGAUUUGAGGGUUCGUCUCCGUUUAACACUAGGCGCAUUCACCAGCCUUCUCUCUCAGUCUCUAGAAACAAAAGCUUCUUGUUACAUUUCACAGAGACGAAGGAGAAGAAAGCAAGAAGAGAAGAUGGGGGGAGAGUAUCGAUCGUGUGCGACGCAGGAGGGAUGUUUCCGGUGGAUCCAUGGGCUCCGACCAUUGAUUCACAGAGCAUAGCAUCACAGCUCUUCGCCGUGUCUCUGUUUCCAUACAUUGGCUUUCUCUAUUUCCUCACUAAAUCCAAAUCUGCUCCAAAACUCACACUUUUCGGUUUCUACUUCUUGCUUGCCUUCGUUGGAGCUACAAUUCCUGCUGGGAUUUAUGCAAAGGUGCAUUAUGGAACAUCGUUGUCGAAUGUUGAUUGGUUACAUGGAGGAGCUGAGUCACUUCUGGCUCUUACCAAUCUGUUCAUCGUGUUGGGUCUUAGACAAGCUCUGAGGAAGUCUGAUGAUGAUAAACUUGGUAGUGAUGAAGAAGCACCAACCACUCGAGAACAAGAGAAAUCUUCUUCAGUAUAGUCAAAAGACUUGGUAGAUUGAUUUGUAAUUAUCGAAUUUCACUUGUUUAUAUGAAUUAGAUUAUAAAUGAUACAACUCAAACGCGCAUCUAAUUCCCAUUUUGGACGCGUGAGUUGAACGCUAGUUAAUUAGAUGCGUUUAGUUCUUCUUUGAUAUUUUA